UGGAACGGCAUAAGGAUGCGAUGAGAAGCGAGACCACAUGGCCAAGAUCUGAUAUCAGGAAGAAAUGCGUCUGGCUCAACGCAGUAGAUGCACUGAACUUGAAGGGACCAACAGACUACAGACCCUGACAGUUAAAAGAUCCAUCUGAAAGAACCUCCAUGCCCUGGGAUGCAUCUCUUGGUUUAGGCCGAGUCUGCUAGCCACUUUGCUGCCAGCGGCAUCCACACAGUGGAGAAUAUAUUGUGUCCAUCUGAUUUUAAAAUGGAGCCAGCAUGUCGAAAAGACAAACAGAAACAGCAAACACCGACCCGUGGAGACAGAACCAAACAGAAAUCAGCCCAGCAGGAGCUGAAGCAGAGACAGAGAGCAGAGAUUUACGCCCUGAACAAAGUCAUGACUGAACUUGAACAGCAGCAGUUCGAGGCCUUCUGCAAGCAGAUGCAGUCACAAGCGGAAUGAGAAAAACUCAUGUCAGGGCAAACGUUCACAGGUUAGGGUUACGUUACGAUGUUACUACUCAUAUUUUUGUAUUAUUGUAAACCUUAUGAUAAUCACUUCUUUCAGCCCCCGUCAUUUAAACCUAAAUGCACCCGCUGGAGAAUGCAUGGCUGUAUUGGUGCACAAACACAGUACUUGAAUCUAAAUGUGUGCAAUCACAUCGCAAACAUUGGGUAGUAUGUACAAAACCAAAAAUAUCAUCAUCUUUAUCGGAGAACCACCCUGUGAAAAGACAUUGACUUACUCUGUAGGAUGUUAAACAUCUGUUCAGCUUCAUUUUCAUUGUUAAUUGUAAUGUUUUAUAUGACAUGCAAUGUUUAUUGUCCGGAACGAGUAUUACAUUAUAUAUGAUUGUACAAAUCUAUUUUUUUGACAAUUUCUUGAACAAGACAAAAUCUUGACUGAACUGAAAAUAAGAUACAGUUGUCUCUCUUUUAGUUCAUCUUUAAUUUAUUUGUGACAUACGUCAAUAAUGGUUUAUGUUCCUUUUACCACAAGCAGUUUUUGUUUAAAAUUUGGUUAUUAAAAAUCUUAUCUUGAAAAAAAUCUAAAA